AUGGCGGAACCAGGUUCAAGUGGUGGCCCAAGCGGCACCUCAAACAUCGACCUAAACGCUCUCGCGAGGCAAAUGGAAAGCGUAGGUGCGGAGCUGCAGCAGAACAUUAUAUCCAACUUGGCGGUGGAAAUCCCCGCAGAUCUCCAUAUGCCUCCUGCGCUAUCAGGAAUGAGGUUCCUCACGGGUGUGUUCCCUCCACCCAGCGAACAAGUCACAGACGCACACGUUAUCGAACACGUCAAGGAACUAUUGGCGAAAAAGGUGGUUAUAGCGGGAAAUGCGCGAGAAGACGACGUCGUUCGCUGCCAGCAAGAGUUCUUCAACAACCUGUGUGGACGGCCCUCGAGUCUUACAAAGACGGAGUUCUUCAUCGCCAGUGCUCCCAGCGACCGUAUCAGACUAUACAAGUUUAAAGACGUGGUGAUAGGAAGGGUGCUUGACAGAGCUCUCCAACCAGGGCCGCGCUCUUGGGUGCACGCUUUCUUACACUGGAAGCAGACAGGUCGCGAUGCUCAACGGGCACUGGCAAGACGCCCACCGGCAGGACCCAACGUUCGGCAGGCACCGGCCGAUGUUCAGCUGACGCCGCAAGAUAUCCUGUCGAUUGCGGUCUUUAACAUGACUUCCUUGGAGUUCAUAGACUGCACCGUCACCGAAGACCCGUUCCUAAUAACGAACCUUUCGGGUGAUGGGCCAUUGGAAACAUACAUGGUCAGAACGGCUGGUCGGGAAACGGCCCCUGACCUCCUGGACAUCAGUCCUCAAAUCGUCACGCAGCACGGGAUCAACAACAGGCCACAGCUCAAACUAGCCUGCUUGAGGUGGGAUGGGGUAGCGGCACUCGGCGAAGUCAGGCAUGCUGAACCAAUCAUGCUCCAUACCAGCCUCAAAGUGCUGGAACUCGUGGGAUUCGCAUGGGGGGGAAGGCAGAAUACCAGGGGCUUCUCCACAGUCGGUGGUCUGGUUUGGACGCAAGUUAAUCGCAGCAUCACGAAGCUCGUUCUCAGUGGCUGCACCCUCAGCGAGCUUGGCCUUGAGCAGGUCUUUGACACGCUGCCAAACUUGAAGGAUCUAUCUAUUGAACUUGCGUGUAGAAACAGACUGGGAGCGCUGUUUGAUUCUCGCCCUGGCCGUCAUAUAGCUGGCACAUCGAAGCGCGAUCUCGGGACAGUCCUGAGGCAGAAGGGCAGGAGAUUGAGGUCGCUCGACCUGGAUGCCACUGCGUACCCAUUUCGCCGCGAGAAUCGAGAUGACUUCUUCGGGUUACUGAUUGGGCUAGAGAACCUGGAGCAGCUGACGAUCAGCAGUGGUGAUUUCUUCAAGGAGGACAGGGUGGGGAUUGAUCUGAAGAGCGAAUUGCCACUGACAGGUAUGCCUCAUCUCAGGAGCCUAUACAUACGCCACUUGCGGUCCGAUGUCGAAGUGACCGGUCCAGCGGGUCGAGACCCAUCCCCAGCGUUUCGGCAGCAACGGGCCCAGAGCAUGAUGAACGACUGUGUCAGACUCCUCGGCGAAAUGCCCGAUCUCAGUGUCACUUUGGAGCUUCCGCCCGGAUAUCCUGAGACUUCUAUCCCUGGGCAUUUGACUAGACAGAUACAGUGGCUGGGGAAGUACCGGGCCUGCCAUGGGGCAAUGGAGGGAAGCCAGUUCGCUAGCAAUCCGCUGGACCCAAGUCAGGUCAUUACAAUAUCUCUACCGCGCCAAGGCCAGUAG